UAGAUUCCAGUGAGAGAGGAGACAGAGAUCUUAUAGUCUUGGUUGGAGCUGGGUGGGGUUUCUCUCACUCAUUGUUUCUUCUCUUCCGUUUCCUUUCAGAUCCCCACCUCCACCUUCCCACCAGAUCUAAACUCCAUUCCGUUUCGUGUUUCUUCUUCUUCUUCUUCUUCUGCUGCCGAUUGCUUCGCCUCUCUUCCUGCCAUCGGGGCAUUAUGGCACCCAAACCAAGCUCAGGUGAUGGUAGGACAAGGAGUUGGGUCCAAAUUUUUAUAGUUGUAGGAUUGUGUCUUUUCUUCUACAUACUAGGGGCAUGGCAGCGGAGUGGGUUUGGGAAGGGAGAUAGUAUAGCUAUGGAGAUUACUAAGACUGGAUCUGACUGCAAUAUCGUUUCGAAUUUGAAUUUUGAGACGCAUCAUGGAGGUGAGGUCGAGACUAUUAAUGAGUCGGAAUCAAAAUCUAAAAUAUUUGAGCCAUGUAAAUCUCGAUAUACGGAUUAUACUCCUUGUCAAGAUCAAAGGCGUGCAAUGACCUUCCCCAGGAAUAACAUGAUUUAUCGUGAGAGACAUUGCCCUGCUGAGGAAGAAAAGUUGCAUUGUUUGAUACCAGCCCCCAAAGGAUAUGUAACACCCUUCCCUUGGCCAAAAAGUCGAGACUAUGUUCCAUUUGCGAAUGCACCGUAUAAGAGUUUGACCGUCGAGAAAGCUAUACAGAACUGGAUUCAGUAUGAAGGCAAUGUAUUUAGGUUCCCUGGUGGAGGAACUCAGUUUCCUCAAGGGGCUGAUAAGUACAUCGAUCAACUUGCUGCUGUGAUUCCUAUUAAAAAUGGGACAGUUAGGACAGCUCUUGAUACUGGUUGCGGGGUUGCCAGUUGGGGUGCGUAUCUUCUAAGUAGAAAUGUGCUAGCCAUGUCAUUUGCACCACGAGACUCUCACGAAGCACAGGUUCAAUUUGCUCUUGAAAGAGGAGUGCCUGCAGUUAUUGGUGUUCUGGGUACCAUUAAGCUGCCUUAUCCAUCUAGAGCCUUUGACAUGGCUCAUUGUUCUCGCUGCUUAAUCCCGUGGGGUGGAAAUGAUGGAACAUACCUAAUGGAAGUUGAUCGAGUUCUGAGGCCAGGUGGUUAUUGGGUGCUUUCGGGUCCUCCAAUCAACUGGAAGACUAAUUAUAAGUCAUGGCAGCGCCCUAGAGAUGAACUUGAGGAGGAGCAGAGAAAGAUUGAGGAUAUUGCCAAGCUUCUUUGCUGGGAAAAGAAGUUUGAGAAGGGUGAAAUUGCUAUUUGGCAGAAGAGAGUAAAUACUGAUUCAUGCCCUGACAGACAGGAUGAUUCUCGUGAUAUCUUUUGCAAAUCUCCAGUAUCAGACGAUGUCUGGUAUGAAAAAAUGGAGACCUGUAUCACUCCAUAUCCUACUGUUGAGAGCUCUGAUGAGGUUGCCGGUGGUGAACUGAAGACAUUUCCUUCAAGGCUUUAUGCUGUACCUCCUAGAAUUUCUAGUGGUUCUAUUCCUGGAAUUUCUGUUGAGGCCUAUCAUGAGGACAAUAACAAAUGGAAGAGGCAUGUGAAGGCUUACAAGAAGAUCAAUAAACUUAUUGAUACUGGAAGAUAUCGUAACAUUAUGGAUAUGAAUGCUGGUUUGGGAAGCUUUGCCGCAGCCCUUGAAUCUUCUAAACUAUGGGUAAUGAACGUGGUACCCACAAUAGCCGAGAAAAAUACUCUUGGUGCCAUCUAUGAACGAGGAUUAAUUGGCAUUUACCAUGACUGGUGUGAAGCUUUCUCCACUUAUCCUAGGACGUAUGAUCUCAUUCAUGCCCAUGCCAUUUUCCGUUUGUACAAGGACAAAUGCAAGAUGGAGGACAUUCUUCUGGAAAUGGACAGGAUUUUGAGACCGGAAGGAGCAGUGAUAUUCCGGGACGAAGUGGACGUACUUGUUAAGGUAAAGAAGAUGAUAGGAGGAAUGAGAUGGGAUGCAAAAAUGGUGGAUCAUGAGGAUGGUCCUCUGGUGGCUGAGAAGAUACUGGUUGCUGUGAAGCAGUAUUGGGUCGUAGGUGGAAACAACUCCACAUCACACUGAAAUUUCUUUCCAGGGCUGCUUACAAAAUUCCGUCGCUCAACAUACAACGCCCUCCUCCCCCGUAAUAUACUCUUUUUUUCUACACACCACGGAGGGAAAGUGGGAGAACGCAGAGCCCAGCUAAGCUAGCUAGCUUCGUUUAGCUGCAGGUGCGCUUUGUUUCAAAAUUUCCCCUGUUUUUUGAGCCUGUCUGUUGUGACCAAGACAAUUACUGCCUUAGCUCCCAUUUUUAUGUGCUAAUUGUGUUGUCUAAUUUAUUAUAUCCACGCACCCCUUUCAAAGAAAGAAACUUCCAUGUCGGGUCGAAAAAACAUCAUAGUUGGGUUGGGUUGGGUUGGGUUGGAUUGAGUUCGGUUGUUUUCUCUUAUCUGCCUUCUCUGUAAUUCUAUUAUGUUACUAACUUAUAUAAUGCCUAUAUCUUUGGUAAUUUAUUUU